AUGAAGUCCAAGUUCCUUGUCUACUUCAGUGCUGUCUUUGAUAUGAAUAUACACCAUUUGACAACCAAAGGUUUACGCGUAUUCCCUGUGAUUUAUCUGCUUUCAUUUCCCUUCCCGCUUCCUGGUACAGUUACCGUUAUGAUGAUGAGUGCAAUUUAUCCUCUGCAUGCAUUAGUUGUGAUAUUUCUGCUAUGCAUGAAAACAUUGUCUUUUGGAUCAGAAACCUCAUCCAUGAACAACAAGACAAUGAGGUGCAUUGAGAUGGAGAGAAAAGCUCUGCUGGUGUUUAAACAAGGAGUUGUUAGUGGUACACAGAGACAAGAUCUCCUUCUUUCAUGGAAGAAUGAAGAUGAAGAUUGCUGCAAAUGGAAAGGUGUUGGCUGUGAUGAUCAAAAUGGUCAUGUGACUCACCUUGAUCUUUCUUCUCCUUACACCCCACCUUACACAUUUGGAAGCGAUGUUAGUAUCAGCCAUUCGUUGCUUGAUUUACCAUUUCUUAACUACUUGGACCUCAGUGGCACAUUCUUUGGAGGACUGAAAAUUCCCGAAUUCAUUGGCUCUCUCACAAGGUUAGUUCACCUUGAUUUGUCACGUACUUAUAUAAGGGGACCGAUUCCCUAUCAAAUUGGAAACCUCACCAAUUUGCAGUACUUGAAUGUCAGCCAGAGUAGUAUUUAUGGUCCUCUCCCGAAGUUUAUUGGCUCACUCAAUAACUUAAGACACCUUGAUCUUUCUCACUCUUUGUUUUCUGGAGUUAUUCCUCAAGAGCUUGAAAAGCUCUUCAAGUUGCAGCAUCUUGACCUAGGAUAUAAUUUUCUAACAUCUAGUAGGAACUUUGAGUGGUUGUUUAAUCUGCAUGAUUUGGUAUACCUUGAUAUCAGUUAUGUCAACAUAGACCAUCCCGGUAUUUGGGUAAGCUUUAUCCAGAGAAUUCCUUCCAUAUCAGUUAUGCAGUUAAAUUACUGUAACCUCUCGUCUCCAUUUCCUACUUCAAGCAAUUUCUCUACCUCUAUUUCUGCCCUUUAUCUCCAAGGAAAUCACAUCAAUUCAUCUAUUUUUAAUUGGCUCUCUCACUUGCAUGGCAGUCUGGAAGUACUAGACCUGAGUUAUAACAUGUUAGCAGGUAGAAUUCCACAUUCUUUUGGUCAUAUGGCUGCUAUAACUCAUCUUAAUCUUGGUCACAACCUCUUGAAUGGCCCUAUUCCAGUUUCUUUUUCUCUUUUGACUGACCUAACUUAUCUGGAUCUCUCUGCAAAUCAUCUUAAUGGUGUGCUUCCGAAAUCAUUGCAUAAUUUAUCCAGCUUGAAAGUUGCGGAUUUCAGUUCCAACAAUCUCACUGGGAACCUUGAAGAUCUUUUAUUAGGGCCCUUAGCUCUUUUGGAAGAAUUGUUUGUAUCUGAAAACCAACUUACUGGAUCACUGCCUGAUAUUACACAAGUCUCAUCCCUCAGAAAAUUUCAAGCAAGCUCCAAUGAGUUAAAUGGAUAUCUGCCAACAGCUUUUGAGCACUAUUCAGCUUUAGUAUUUUUGGAUUUGUCCAAUAACCAUCUUAGAGGCUCUUUACCUGAUUUCACAGGAUUUUCAUCUUUGGAAUUACUAUAUCUUGAUGGUAAUGAGUUUUCUGGAAGUCUUCCUGAUUUUUCUGGAUGUUCUUCUUUGCAAGAACUGCGACUUCGUGGCAAUCAACUUACAGAAUGGGAGACUAAGUCAAUUGGACAACUCUCCCAUCUUAUAGAGCUGGAUCUUUCAAUGAACUCUAUCCGCAGUACAAUCUCUGAAGCACAUUUGUCCAAUCUCACAAGUUUAGGGUAUAUGAGCACAUCACAUAAUUCUCUGACUUUUGAGCUCAGCUCGGAAUGGCUUCCUCCUUUCCAGCUUGGGGAACUUUCUUUGGCAUCAUGCAAAUUGGGGCCAAAAUUUCCCAACUGGCUUCGAAAUCAAGAGUACAUUGAUCAUCUUGACAUCUCUAAUAGCCAAAUUUCAGAUACCAUCCCUAUGUGGUUCUGGAAUAUCUCAAGCAGCUUGUCCCUUUUAAAUCUGUCCUCCAACCAAAUCACUGGUAAGUUUCCUUGGAAAGAUGGUCAUAUUAGAGAGAUAGAUUUGAGUUCAAAUUUCUUUGAUGGACCACUACCACCAAUUCCCACAAAGUGUUCAAAGAUAAAUCUCUCUCGAAACAGGUUUUCAGGAACACUCCUUUCCCUAUCAGUUGUUAAGGAUAUAUCCUUAAGGUUUCUUGAUUUCUCACAUAACCAAUUGUUUGGCACACUUCCUGAUAACUGGAUCUACUUUCAAGGUCUAGUGUUUCUUAACUUGGGAUAUAACAAUUUUUCUGGAACGAUUCCAAAGUCGAUAGGUCAUCUAGCUUCUUUGGAGACUCUGAUUUUGCGGAACAAUAUGCUCUAUGGAGAACUGCCUGCCUCUUUGAGAAACUGCAGCAGCCUUGGUUUUGUAGAUUUCGGGUUAAAUAAGCUAUCAGGAAAGGUACCUUCAUGGAUUGGGGAAAACCUAAUGCAUUUGUAUGCUCUGAUCUUAAAAUCAAACAGAUUCUAUGGAAGCAUACCAUUUGUAAUAUGUAGACUUUCGAAUCUCCAUUUCCUAGAUCUGUCAAUAAACAGAAUUUCUGGAACUAUUCCUCCAUGCUUUAGUAAUUUUACUGCCAUGGCCCAGAAAGGAAUCGAAGACACGGAUCAUCUGUACUCUUCAUCAAAUUUAUUUACAGAUUCAGUUAUUCCAUCAGAACAUCCAAGUGCUCCAGCAGAAGCACAAAGUCCAAGCAAUAGUUAUUAUUAUGAUGAUGUAUAUGCAAGAUGGAAAGGACAGGAGCUUGAGUAUGGAAGAAAUUUUGCCUAUUUGAAAAUGAUCGAUUUGUCAUCCAACGAAUUGACUGGAAAUAUUCCCAUAGGUAUAACCAGACUUGUCGAACUCAAGGGACUGAAUUUGUCUGGAAAUGGGCUUCAUGGAGCUGUUCCCCUGGAGAUUGGCCAAUUGAAAGCGUUAGAAAGCUUAGACUUGUCCGCGAACAAAUUUACAGGUGAAAUUCCUCUAAGCAUGUCAGGAUUAAAUUUUCUUGCAUUCUUAAAUCUCUCAAACAACAAUUUUUUGGGAAGAAUUCCAUCUGGCACUCAACUCCAGGGAUUCAGUAUCUCCGCAUACCAGGGUAACAGAGGACUCUGUGGUAAACCACUCACAGAUAUAUGUCCGGGAGAUGAACCAGCUGAUCAAGUCCAACCGUCUGUUGAAGAGUAUGAAGAUGACGGAGAGGACAGUGAAUAUGAGAGAUGGCUUUAUGUAAGUAUUGUGCUUGGUUUCAGCACUACGUUUUGGGGUUUCAUCGGAACACUAGUGCUAAACCGCCGUUGGAGACAUGCAUAUUAUCUCUUUCUAGACAACUUGAAAGAAAGAUUAUAUGUUUGGGUGGCUAUGCACAUUCCCAGAUUUUCCCCUGUAGGGUAA